AUGGAGAUAGGCUACUCCUCCCCGAAACCCGACGGGCCCGCAACACGGGCGCCGGAGGCCGCAACACCGCCGCGCCCGCACCACCGCGCGGCACGAGCCACCACAGCCACGCCCGCACCACAGGCAGCACCGCACCACGGCCCGCAACACCGCCACGACGCCGUCGCCGGCCGCGCACGCAGCCACCGCCGUCGACGAAAGCACCCCACGCCGCCGCGCCGCCGCGUCCCCGCACCACGCCGCGCCGCAAGGCACCGCCACGCCGCCGCGCCGCCCGCCGCUACCACCCGGGCCCGGGGCGCCCGCAUCCACCGCGCGCCCCGCACAACGCCCGGCCCGCCACCACCGCCGCGCCGGCAAGCAGCGCCAGCGCCGCCGAGCCGCCCGAGCCCGCACAAACGCCGAGCGCAAGUCAUCCGCCACGCCGCCGCGCCGGGCCGCGCCCGCACACUGCCGCAGGGGCACACAGGCCGCGACCGCACCGCGAGCAAACACGGACGCAACUCGCCGCAACCACUCGCCGCGCAGCGCACCACCCGCCGCACGCGCACCCAACGCCGCGCCCGCACCACCGCGGCGCCGCAAGCACCGAAACGCCGCCGCAGCCCGCACCCACAGAAGGGGCACGAAAGGCACCGCCCCACGAGCGAGCCGCCAGCAGCCCGCAACACCUCUGCACCACCGAAGCGCCCCAGCACCGACACAGAAAGAAGCGUCAGGGGGAAGAGAAGAAGAAGAGAAAAGAAAGAGCAUUCUAAGUACAUCCCGUCGUUUACCUCUGCAGUCGGGGUCUCACGCUGGGCGAAAGAACGAAGACACAAAAGAGAAGAAGAAGAGAGAUGCAAGGUGUGUUCGACGGCCGCUAAGGUAAGAAACCGCCAGCCGGAGCAGAGGGAUACAUCCAGAAAGGGACGCGUGGGCAUAUCAAGUUAAAGGGAAGGAGAGGGAGAAAGGAAAAAGGCGAAUGGAGAGAAGAAAGAGAGAGAAGAACGACAGACGAAAACGGCAGGAGAUCCGAGAAAAGAAACGGAAGGAGAGAAGAAGAGGUGUGAGAAGCACGUUGAAAAGAAGACGAGAAGACGAAGGACGCAGUUAUAGGAGUAGUGUUAGAGCGAAAAAACGUAAAAAAAAAAAAAAUAGAAAGAGACAGAAGUCAUUGCCAGAGGCAAGCGAAGAUAGGAAGGCAGACAAGAACGCACGAGAAAGCCAGAGGAGCCCGAGGACCGAAGUCGAAGAAAAACGCACAGCAAAACCACGCCGUCCCGCGCCCGCAGCAACACGCGCAGCGCCCAGCGAACCGAAGGCCGCACCGCCACGCCGACCGCCAACGCGACCGCAGCCGGCGCCAGCCGGCGCACAUUUCGUACGACCGAGCAGCCCCCGGUGGAGCCACGCAGCCGCACCGACGAGGGCCAGCCGAAAGGCCGCCGCGCCCGCGCCGGCCGCCGCCCACACACCACACGCAGCGCAAGACGACGCUACGCGCAGAACCGCCUGCGCCGACCCCGCAGAGCCCCCCACAGUAACCACGCAGCGGCGCUAGAGCAGGGACCGGAUCGAGACGGCUCGCCGGAACACGGCCGCCGCAAGAACCGCGCCAGCACCACCGCGCCGCGCCCACCCACCCACCAGCGCCGCCGCGCCGAGCCACAGCCACAAGCGCCGCCGCGUGCCGCAGACGGCGGCCCCGCGGUCGCAACAACGCCGCAGCGCCGCACACAGACACGAACCAAGAAGGCGCCGUAGUAGCCCGCAAGGUCCCCGUGCGGAGCCGCCGCCGCCGAGCCGCCGCGAGCACCCAACGAAGCAACGCUCGCGUCGGUCCGCGGCACCGGCCCACGGGCCGCGCCCCCACCACCAGGCGCAGGACCGGAGGCCCCCGCUACCCUCCAACACGACGCCAGAAGAGGACGGGCAGAGAAGCGCAAGCACCGGCCGAAGGGCAACGACCGCCGAGAAGGCCGACGACGGCGACGGAAGGCACCGCACAAGACGCCCGCCGAGCACCCCAAAAAAAGAAGAGAUGACGAACGACAAGACGAGUAAUAUAGACAUCCUGCAGUAAUAUUACUCCUUCCUCUCUACUCCCCUCGCAUCCCCCCUCACAUAUCCUCCUCCUCUCCUUCACCCUCCAGUGGUAGAGCAUCCAGCCCCAGAGGACGGUGUGAUGGCCAGUUUCAGCAGGUUCAUCCAGAUACACACACACACACACACGUUGACACCCCCGACACACACACACACUCACACACCUCUGUCAAACAACACUGUCCAUAUUAUCACACUGCAUUUCCAUACAGCUACACAGGAACUCAUGACCAUGGGGACUGUGAGUGAUGUGACCAAUCUUUACAGAGUACACUCCAUUCCUCCAUUCCUCCUGUCCUGACUUUAAGGGAUGACAGAGUGUCUGUCUGCCUCUAACUGUUAUGUAGUCUGUCUCUGUCUAACAAUAGCUCCUGUUACAGUUACAGUGUUGUCUGUCUGUCUGUCUGUCUGUCUGUCUGUCUGUCUGUCUGUCUGUCUGUCUGUCUGUCUGUCUGUCUGUCUGUCUGUCUGUCUGUCUGUCUGUCUGUCUGUCUGUCUGUCUGUCUGUCUGUCUGUCUAUCUGUCUACCUGUCUGUCUGUCUGUCUGUCUCUCUCUCUGUCGCCCCCUACUGUUUAUCCUCUGUCUCUGUCUAACCAUAGCUCCUGUUACAGUUACUGUGUUGCCUGCCUGUCUGCCUGCCUGUCUGUCUCUCUAAUGCCCCCUAUCAACACCAUCAUCCCAGAAACCCUAGACCAACUCCAAUUUGCAUACCGCCCCAACAGAUCCACAGAUGAAGCAAUCUCAAUCGCACUCCACACUGCCCUUUCCCACCUGGACAAAAGGAACACCUAUGUGUGAAUGCUGUUCAUUGACUACAGCUCAGCGUUCAACACCAUAGUGCCCUCAAAGCUCAUCACUAAGCUAAGGACCCUGGGACUAAACACCUCUUCUGCAACUGGAUCCUGGACUUCCUGACGGGCCGCCCCCUUGUGGUAAGGGUAGGCAAAAACAUCUGCCAUGCUGAUCCUCAACAUGGGGGCCCCUCAGGGAUGUGUGCUCAGUCCCCUCCUGUACUCCCUGUUCACCCACGACUGCAUGGCCAAGCACAACUCCAACACCAUCAUUAAGUUUGCUGACGACACAACAGUGGUAGGCUUGAUCACCAACGAUGAGACAGCCUAUAGGGAGGAGGUCAGAAACCUGGCAGUGUGUUGCCAGGACAACAACCUUUCCCCUCAAUGUGAGCGAGACAAAGGAGAUGAUCGUGGACUACAGGAAAAGGAGGGCCGAACACGCCCCCAUUGACAUCGACCGGGCUGUAGUGGAGCGGGUCGAGAGUUUCAAGUUCCUUGGUGUCCACAUCACCAACGAACUAUCAUGGUCCAAACACACCAAGACAGUCGUGAAGAGGGUAUGACAACACCUUUUCCCCCUCAGGAGACUGAACAUAUUUGACAUGGGUCCCCAGAUCCUCAAAAAGUUAUACAGCUGCACCAUCAAGAGCAUCCUGACCGGUUGCAUCACCGCCUGGUAUGGCAACUGCUUGGCCUCUGACCGCAAGGCACUACAGAGGGUAGUGCGUACAGCCCAGUACAUCACUGGGGCCAAGCUUCCUGCCAUCCAGGACCUCUAUACCAGGCGGUGUCAGAGGAAGGCCCAAAAAAUUGUCCAAGACUCCAGUCACCCGUCAUAGACUGUUCUCUCUGCUACCGCACGGCAAGCGGUACUGGAGCGCCAAGUCUAGGUCCAUAAGGCUCCUGAACAGCUUCUACCCCCAAGCCAUAAGACUGCUGAACAAUUAAUCAAAUGGCCACCCGGACUAUUUGCAUUGACACUGCUGCAACUCGCUGUUUAUUAUCUAUGCAUAGUCACUGUACCCCUACCUACAUGUACAAAUUACCUCGAUUAACCUGUACCCCCGCACAUUGACUCAGUACCGGUACCCCCUGUAUAUAGCCUCGUUAUUGUUAUUUUUUUGUGUUACUUUUUAAUGUAUUUUAUUUUCUACUUUAGUUUAUUUAGUAUAUAUUUUCUUAACUCUAUUUCUUGAACUGCAUUGUUGGUUAACAGUUGAAGCUCGCAUCCGUUACAAGACCAUGGUGCUUGCCUAUGGAGCAGUGAGGGGAACGGCACCUCUGUACCUUCGGGCUCUGAUCAGUCCCUACACCCAAACGAGGGCAUUGCGUUCAUCCACCUCUGGCCUGCUGGCUCCCCUUCCUCUGCGGAAGCACAGUUCCCGCUCAGCCCAGUCAAAACUGUUCGCUGCUCUGGCACCCCAAUGGUGGAACAAGCUCCCUCACGACGCCAGGACAGCGGAGUCACUCACCACCUUCCGGAGGAGACAUUUGAAACCCCACCUCUUUAAGGAAUACCUGGGAUAGGAUAAAGUAAUCCUUCUACCCCCCCCCCCCCCCCCCCCCCCCCCCUGCUGUAUUCGGCACAUGUGACAAAUACCAUUUGAUUUGAUUUGAUUUGAUUUUGAAUGACUGUCUAUCCUCUGUCACAUGGUCCUGAUGACAUCAGUAGUGUGUACGGACGCAGAGGAACCAGACUCUCCCCAACGGAGGCCGUGAGUAGACCUAUCCUAGAUAUACAUUUAUUUACACUAGAUCUGCACAGACACACAUUGAGUAGAUAUAUUUACACUAGAUCUGAACAGACACACAUUGAGUAGAUAUAUUUACACUAGAUCUGAACAGACACACAUUGAGUAGAUAUAUUUACACUAGAUCUGAACAGACACACAUUGAGUAGAUAUAUUUACACUAGAUCUGCACAGACACACAUUGAGUAGAUAUACUAGCAUGCCCCGCCCACCUGAGGAUCUGUCUUUUUCAGCCAUCUAUUUCCUGUGUUCCUAUCUGAUCUGAUCUGAUAGUUCCCAAACCAUUUGCAAGACGCCUGGUCGAGGCUAAUUUCAGACAACCUUUGAAUAAGUAAGGGAUGGUCGACAGCAUCAAAGGCCUUGGAUAGGGUUAGGGUUAGAUUAGGGUUAGGGUUAGGGUUAGGGUUAGGGUUAGGGUUAGGGUUAGAUUAGGAUAGGGUUAGGGUUAGGGUUAGGGUUAGGGUUAGAUUAGGAUAGGGUUAGGGUUAGGGUUAGGGUUAGGGUUAGAUUAGGAUUAGGGUUAGGGUUAGGGUUAGAUUAGGAUAGGUCUGUAAAUAUGGCAGCACAGUGAUUCCUAUGAUCUAAACAAUUUAACACAUCAUUUAAGACAAGCGUAGCUUCUGAAACGGAGCCAUAGGGUUAGGGUUAGGGUCAACCUGAAACGGAGCCAUAGGGUUAGGGUUAGGGUCAACCUGAAACGGAGCCAUAGGGUUAGGGUUAGGGUCAACCUGAAACGGAGCCAUAGGGUUAGGGUUAGGGUCAACCUGAAACGGAGCCAUAGGGUUAGGGUUAGGGUCAACCUGAAACGGAGCCAUAGGGUUAGGGUUAGGGUCAACCUGAAACGGAGCCAUAGGGUUAGGGUUAGGGUCAACCUGAAACGGAGCCAUAGGGUUAGGGUUAGGGUCAACCUGAAACGGAGCCAUAGGGUUAGGGUUAGGGUCAACCUGAAACGGAGCCAUAGGGUUAGGGUUAGGGUCAACCUGAAACGGAGCCAUAGGGUUAGGGUUAGGGUCAACCUGAAACGGAGCCAUGGGGUUAGGGUUAGGGUCAACCUGAAACGGAGCCAUAGGGUUAGGGUUAGGGUCAACCUGAAACGGAGCCAUAGGGUUAGGGUUAGGGUCAACCUGAAAUGGAGCCAUAGGGUUAGGGUUAGGGUCAACCUGAAACGGAGCCAUAGGGUUAGGGUUAGGGUCAACCUGAAACGGAGCCAUAGGGUUAGGGUUAGGGUCAACCUGAAACGGAGCCAUAGGGUUAGGGUUAGGGUCAACCUGAAACGGAGCCAUAGGGUUAGGGUUAGGGUCAACCUGAAACGGAGCCAUGUCCAGCCUAUAACCAGACUGGUAAACAUUAAGUGUAUAAUUUGAAGUUUAAAAAGUUAUUAGCUGAGAGUUUGGUUCUAAUAUGUUUGCAAGAGAGUUUAGAAAUUGGGCGGCAGUUGUCUAGGUCAGAAGGAUCUCCCCCUUUGUAAAAGGGGGAGGAUAUUCACCACCUUCCGGAUCUUAGUGACCAGAAGCAAUUGUUAAAUAACAAAUGUGGGUCAAAGGUUCACAUCAAUAGAAUACAUUGGCUUUCUGUUGAAUCUAUAAAAACGCUAAAGCUUCGUUGAGGAUUUAGUGCACCGUCUCGACCCUUACAGAGAAGAAAGAUAACUUGAUUUUGAUUUAGAUUUUUGGUGGAAUUGAAAAACACAGUUGGAAUGUUUAAUGUUUAAUGUCCAAUUCCAAUUAAAGCAACUUCCUAACUUUGGAAUGUUUACAAAUGAGAUGCACUGAAAUUAAAGCAACUUCUGGAAAUGAACACUCGGAUUAUAGUGAUAUUAUGUCUGAUCUCACUAACAAUGUAAGUAUGUUUAGAUAGGUGGAAUUUUGAGCCAAUCGUACUGAUUUUUCAUCCGGGGGUAUCCUGCUAUUGACACACUUGUUGAAUUAUGCAAGAGAACGUGACAACAACAGUAAUUAAUGAGGCAGUCUAGACAGCGCCGGUUUGGUGGUUGCAGCCUUGUUCCACCCCUUUGUGUUAAUUUAUGAAUAUACGCAAAUACACCCAUUGCAUUUAUUCAAAUGAGGCACAUAAAAUUGUAUUUAUUUUAACACAAAAUAAAUAAAUAAAAAUACCUGAUACAAUGAGGAAAUGUAUAUACAGUGAGGGAAAAAAGUAUUUGAUCCCCUGCUGAUUUUGUACGUUUGUCCACUGACAAAGACAUGAUCAGUCUAUAAUUGUAAUGGUAGGUUUAUUUGAACAGUGAGAUACAGAAAAACGCAUGUCAAAAAUGUUAUAAAUUGAUUUGCAUUUUAAUGAGGGAAAUAAUUAUUUGACCCCUCAGCAAAACAUGACUUAGUACUUGGUGGCAAAACCCUUGUUGGCAAUCACAGAGGUCAGACGUUUCUUGUAGUUGGCCACCAGGUUUGCACACAUCUCAGGAGGGAUUUUGUCCCACUCCUCUUUGCAGAUCUUCUCCAAGUCAUUAAGGUUUCGAGGCUGACGUUUGGCAACUCGAACCUUCAGCUCCCUCCACAGAUUUUCUAUGGGACUAAGGUCUGGAGACUGGCUAGGCCACUCCAGGACCUUAAUGUGCUUCUUCUUGAGCCACUCCUUUGUUGCCUUGGCCGUGUGUUUUGGGUCAUUGUCAUGCUGGAAUACCCAUCCACGACCAAUUUUCAAUGCCCUGGCUGAAGGAAGGAGGUUCUCACCCAAGAUUUGACGGUACAUGGCCCUGUCCAUCGUCCCUUUGAUGCGGUGAAGUUGUCCUGUCCCCUUAGCAGAAAAACACCCCCAAAGCAUAAUGUUUCCACCUCCAUGUUUGAUGGUGGGGAUGUUGUUCUUGGGGUCAUAGGCAGCAUUCCUCCUCCUCCAAACAUGGCGAGUUGAGUUGAUGCCAAAGAGCUCGAUUUUGGUCUCAUCUGACCACAAGACUUUCACCCAGUUCUCCUCUGAAUCAUUCAGAUGUUCAUUGGCAAACUUCAGAUGGGCCUGUAUAUGUCCUUUCUUGAGCAGGGGGACCUUGCGGGCGUUGCAGGAUUUCAGGCCUUCACGGCGUAGUGUGUUACCAAUUGUUUUCUUGGUGACUAUGGUCUCAGCUGCCUUGAGAUCAUUGACAAGAUCCUCCCGUGUAGUUCUGGGCUGAUUCCUCACCGUUCUCAUGAUCAUUGCAACUCCACGAGGUGAGAUCUUGCAUGGAGCCCCAGGCCGAGGGAGAUUGACAGUUCUUUUGUGUUUCUUCCAUUUGCGAAUAAUCGCACCAACUGUUGUCACCUUCUCACCAAGCUGCUUGGCGAUGGUCUUGUAGCCCAUUCCAGCCUUGUGUAGGUCUACAAUCUUGUCCCUGACAUCCUUGGAGAGCUCUUUGGUCUUGGCCAUGGUGGAGAGUUUGGAAUCUGAUUGAUUGAUUGCUUCUGUGGACAGGUGUCUUUUAUACAGGUAACAAGCUGAGAUUAGGAGCACUCCCUUUAAUUAAAAUGGAUUUCUUGGGGGUUUGUAUCAUUUGAUUUACACAACAUGCCUACCACUUUGAAGAUGCAAAAUUUAAAAAAUUGUGAAACAAACAAGAAAUACGUUUUAAAAAACUGAGAACUUGAGCGUGCAUAACUAUUCACCCCCCCAAAGUCAAUACUUUGUAGAGCCACCUUUUGCAGCAAUUACAGCUGCAAGUCUCUUGGGGUAUGUCUCUAUAAGCUUGGCACAUCUAGCCACUGGGAUGUUUGCCCAUUCUUCAAGGCAAAACUGCUCCAGCUCCUUCAAGUUGGAUGGGUUCCGCUGGUGUACAGCAAUCUUUAAGUCAUACCACAGAUUCUAAAUUGGAUUGAUGUCUGGGCUUUGACUAGGCCAUUCCAAGACAUUUAAAUGUUUCCCCUUAAACAUUUACAUUGACAUUUUAGUCAUUUAGCAGAUGCUCUUAUCCAGAGCGACUUACAGUUAGUGAGUGCAUACAUUUUCAUACUGGCCCCCCGUGGGCAAUGAACCCACAACCCUGGCAUUGCAAGCGCCAUGCUCUACCAACUGAGCUACAGGGGACUGCCAAAAGAGGGCCGCCCACCAAAACUCACGGACCAGGCAAGGAGGGCAUUAGUCAGAGAGGCAACAAAGAGACCAAAGAUAACCCUGAGUGUUGCUUUAGCAGUAUGCUUAGGGUCAUUGUCCUGCUGGAAGGUGAACCUCCGUCCCAGUCUCAAAUCUCUGGAAGACUGAAACAGGUUUCCCUCAAGAAUUUCCCUGUAUUUAGCGCCAUCCAUCAUUCCUUCAAUUCUGACCAGUUUCCCAGUCCCUGCCGAUGGAAAAACAUCCCCACCGCAUGAUGCUGCCACCACCAUGCUUCACUGUGGGGAUGGUGUUCUCGGGGUGAUGAGAGGUGUUGAGUUUGCGCCAGACAUAGCGUUUUCCUUGAUGGCCAAAAAGCUAAAUUUUAGUCUCAUCUGACCAGAGUACCUUCUUCCAUAUGUUUGGGGAGUCUCCCACAUUCCUUUUGACGAACACCAAACGUGUUUGCUUAUUUUUUUAUUUAAGCAAUGGCUUUUUUCUGUCCACUCUUCCAUAAAGCCCAGCUCUGUGGAGUGUACGGCUUAAAGUGGUCCUAUGGACAGAUACUCCAAUCUCCGCUGUGGAGCUUUGCAGCUCCUUCAGGGUUAUCUUUGGUCUCUUUGUUGCCUCUCUGAUUAAUGCCCUCCUUGCCUGGUCCGUGAGUUUUGGUGGGCGGCCCUCUCUUGGCAGGUUUGUUGUGUAGCCAUAUUCUUUCCAUUUUUUAAUAAUGGAUUGUUCAAAGUUUCUGAUCUUUUUUUAUAACCCAACCCUGAUCUGUACUUCUCCACAACUUGUCCCUGACCUGUUUGGAGAGCUCCUUGGUCUUCAUGGUGCCGCUUGCUUGGUGGUGCCCUUUGCUUAGUGGUGUUGCAGAAUCUGGGGCCUUUCAGAACAGGUGUAUAUAUACUGAGAUCAUGUGACAGAUCAUGUGACACUUAGAUUGCACACAGGUGGACUUUAUUGAACUAACUAUGUGACUUCUGAAGGUAAUUGGUUGCACCAGAUCUUAUUUAGGGGCCUGGCCUCACCUCACCUCUCCAGGGUUACCCUAGCCUCACCUCACCUCUCCAGGGUUUCCCUGGAAUCACCUCACCUCUCCAGGGUUUCCCUGGCCUCACCUCACCUCUCCAGGGUUACCCUGGCCUCACCUCACCUCUCCAGGGUUUCCCUGGCCUCACCUCUCCAGGGUAACCCUGGCCUCACCUCACCUCUCCAGGGUUUCCCUGGAAUCACCUCACCUCUCCAGGGUUACCCUGGCCUCACAUCUCCUCUCCAGGGUUUCCCUGGCCUCACCUCACGUCUCCAGGGUUACCCUGGACUCACCUCACCUCUCCAGGGUUUCCCUGGCCUCACCUCACCUCUCCAGGGUUACCCUGGCCUCACCUCACCUCUCCAGGGUUUCCCUGGCCUCACCUCACGUCUCCAGGGUUACCCUGGACUCACCUCACGUCUCCAGGGUUACCCUGGACUCACCUCACCUCUCCAGGGUUACCCUGGCCUCACCUCACCUCUCCAGGGUUUCCCUGGCCUCACCUCUCCAGGGUAACCCUGGCCUCACCUCACCUCUCCAGGGUGUCCCUGGCCUCACCUCACCUCUCCAGGGUUUUCCUGGCCUCACCUCUCCAGGGUUUCCCUGGCCUCACCUCACCUCUCCAGAGUUUCCCUGGACUCACCUCACCUCUCCAGGGUUUCCCUGGACUCACCUCACCUCUCCAGGGUUUACCUGGCCUCACCUCACCUCUCCAGGGUUUCCCUGGCCUCACCUCUCCAGGGUUUCCCUGGCCUCACCUCACCUCUCCAGAGUUUCCCUGGACUCACCUCACCUCUCCAGGGUUUCCCUGGACUCACCUCACCUCUCCAGGGUUUACCUGGCCUCACCUCACCUCUCCAGAGUUUCCCUGGACUCACCUCACCUCUCCAGGGUUUCCCUGGACUCACCUCACCUCUCCAGGGUUUACCUGGCCUCACCUCACCUCUCCAGGGUUUCCCUGGCCUCACCUCACCUCUCCAGGGUUUCCCUGGACUCACCUCACCUCUCCAGGGUUACCCUGGCCUCACCUCUCCAGGGUUUCCCUGGCCUCACCUCACCUCUCCAGGGUUCCCCUGGACUCACCUCACCUCUCCAGGGUUUCCCUGGAAUCACCUCACCUCUCCAGGGAGGGUUUCCCUGGUCUCACCUCACCUCUCCAGGGUUCCCUGGCCUCACCUCACCUCUCCAGGGGUUCCCUGGUCUCACCACACCUCUCCAGGGUUUCCCUGGCCUCACCUCACCUCUCCAGGGUUUCCCUGGACUCACCUCACCUCUCCAGAGUUUCCCUGGCCUCACCUCACCUCUCCAGGGUCCCCCUGGCCUCACCUCAACUCUCCAGGGUUACCCUGGCCUCACCUUUCCAGAGUUUUCCUGGCCUCACCUCACCUCUCCAGGGUUUCCCUGGAAUCACCUCACCUCUCCAGGGUCCCCCUGGACUCACCUCACCUCUCCAGGUUUCCCCUGGCCUCACCUUUCCAGAGUUUUCCUGGCCUCACCUCACCUCUCCAGGGUUUCCCUGGAAUCACCUCACCUCUCCAGGGUUAUCCCUGGCCUCACCUCACCUCUCCAGGGUUUCCCUGGACUCACCUCACCUCUCCAGGGUUUCCCUGGACUCACCUCACCUAUCCAGGGUUACCCUUGCCUCACCUCACCUCUCCAGGAUUUCCCUGGACUCACCUCACCUCUCCAGGGUUUUUCCCCUGGCCUCACCUCUCCAGGUUUCCCUGGCCUCACCUCACCUCUCCAGGGUUUCCCUGGCCUCACCUCUCCAGGGUUUACCUGGCCUCACCUCACCUCUCCAGGGUUUCCCUGGCCUCACCUCUCCAGGGUUUCCCUGGCCUCACGUCUCCAGGGUUUCCCUGGCCUCUUCUCUCCAGGGUUCCCCUGGCCUCACCUCACCUCUCCAGGGUUUCCCUGGACUCACCUCACCUCUCCAGGGUUUCCCUGGACUCACCUCACCUCUCCAGGGUUUCCCUGGACUCACCUCACCUCUCCAGGGUUUCCCUGGCCUCACCUCACCUCUCCAGGGUUACCCUGGCCUCACCUCACCUCACCGGGGUUUAUUAUGGAUCCCCAUUAGUUCCAGGCAGACAGACAGACAGACAGACAGACAGACAGACAGACAGACAGACAGACAGACAGACAGACAGACAGACAGACAAAUACAGAGUGCUGAUGGGCAGAUCAUCAUCUUGCCAUGCUAAUAUCAUUUAGCUCCACCCUUGGCAGAGCUCAGUCAGAACUUAAAUAGAACUACAACAGAGCUUAGAGUCCUGAUGUCCAAAACACAUUUCCAAGCUGGAUAUGUCAGCAGGGUGGAGUACAGCAGAGCAGAGUGGACUGGCUGGAGUACACACUGAGGGUCCUUGUUGUUAACACAAUCUCCCCUCUGUGCCCAAUAACACGUAUGCUGAACUUCCAGCUUCUAACUGUGGGAUACAUAGAGAGAUAUUCCUGUUCAGUCACUACAGUCACUCUGACAGUUAUUACAAUAGAACAUUACUGACUAGGGCCAGUGUUAUUGUUCACAGAGAGGGAGAGGGAGAGGCAGAGAACUGAGCGAUACUGGGAUAUGGAUCCUGCUCCUAUAAACACAGACAGACAGACAGACAGACAGACAGACAGACAGACAGACAGACAUUUACAUUUUACAUUUACGUCAUUUAGCAGGCGACUUACAAAUAGGUGCAUUCACCUUAUAGCCAGUGGGAUCACCACUUUACAAACUUUUUUAUAUUUUUUAUAUUUUGUUUUAUUUAUAUUAGUAAAUGUUUUUUUCAUUUUAUUUUUCAUUUUAUUUUUAUUUUUUUGGGGGGGGUGUUCGAGUAAAGGGGGGGGGGGGGGGGGGGGGGGGGGUAGAAGGAUUACUUUAUCCUAUCCCAGGUGUUCCUUAAAGAGGUGGGGUUUCAAAUGUCUCCGGAAGGUGGUGAGUGACUCCGCUGUCCUGGCGUCGUGAGGGAGCUUGUUCCACCAUUGGGGUGCCAGAGCAGCGAACAGCUUUGACUGGGCUGAGCGGGAACUAUGCUUCCGCAGAGGUAGGGGGGCCAGCAGGCCAGAGGUGGAUGAACGCAGUGCCCUCGUUUGGGUGUAGGGACUGAUCAGAGCCUGAAUGUACGGAGGUGCCGUUCCCCUCACAGCUCCGUAGGCAAGCACCAUGGUCUUGUAGCAGAUGCGAGCUUCAACUGGAAGCCAGUGGAGUGUGCGGAGGAGGGGGGUGACGUGAGAGAACUUGGGAAGGUUGAACACCAGACGGGCUGCGGCAUUCUGGAUGAGUUGUAGGGGUUUAAUGGCACAGGCAGGGAGCCCAGCCAACAGCGAGUUGCAGUAAUCCAGACGGGAGAUACCAGAUGGGCUGCGGCAUUCUGGAUGAGUUGUAGGGGUUUAAUGGCACAGGCAGGGAGCCCAGCCAACAGCGAGUUGCAGGGGUUUAAUGGCACAGGCAGGGAGCCCAGCCAACAGCGAGUUGCAGUAAUCCAGACGGGAGAUACCAGACGGGCUGCGGCAUUCUGGAUGAGUUGUAGGGGUUUAAUGGCACAGGCAGGGAGCCCAGCCAACAGCGAGUUGCAGUAAUCCAGACGGGAGAUACCAGACGGGCUGCAGCAUUCUGGAUGAGUUGUAGGGGUUUAAUGGCACAGGCAGGGAGCCCAGCCAACAGCGAGUUGCAGGGGUUUAAUGGCACAGGCAGGGAGCCCAGCCAACAGCGAGUUGCAGGGGUUUAAUGGCACAGGCAGGGAGCCCAGCCAACAGCGAGUUGCAGGGGUUUAAUGGCACAGGCAGGGAGCCCAGCCAACAGCGAGUUGCAGGGGUUUAAUGGCACAGGCAGGGAGCCCAGCCAACAGCGAGUUGCAGGGGUUUAAUGGCACAGGCAGGGAGCCCAGCCAACAGCGAGUUGCAGGGGUUUAAUGGCACAGGCAGGGAGCCCAGCCAACAGCGAGUUGCAGGGGUUUAAUGGCACAGGCAGGGAGCCCAGCCAACAGCGAGUUGUAGGGGUUUAAUGGCACAGGCAGGGAGCCCAGCCAACAGCGAGUUGCAGUAAUCCAGACGGGAGAUGACACAUUAGUAGGAAUCACAUGCGGCAGACAGGCAGGUCAUAGAGACAGACAGACAGACAGACAGACAGACAGACAGACAGACAGACAGACAGGUCAUAGAGACAGGCAGGCAGGCAGGCAGGCAGGUCAUAGAGACAGACAGACAGGCAGGCAGGCAGGUCAUAGAGACAGACAGACAGGCAGGCAGGCAGGUCAUAGAGACAGACAGACAGGCAGGCAGGCAGGCAGGUCAUAGAGACAGACAGACAGGCAGGCAGGCAGGUCAUAGAGACAGACAGACAGGCAGGCAGGCAGGUCAUAGAGACAGACAGACAGGCAGGCAGGCAGGUCAUAGAGACAGACAGACAGGCAGGCAGGCAGGUCAUAGAGACAGACAGACAGGCAGGCAGGCAGACAGGCAGGCAGGUCAUAGAGACAGGCAGGCAGGCAGGCAGGCAGGUCAUAGAGACAGACAGACAGGCAGGCAGGCAGGUCAUAGAGACAGACAGACAGGCAGGCAGGCAGGUCAUAGAGACAGACAGACAGGCAGGCAGGCAGGCAGGCAGGCAGGCAGGCAGGCAGGCAGGCAGGCAGGCAGGCAGGCAGGCAGGCAGGUCAUAG